AUGAGUGAACUCCUGCAAAAUUAUCGUGCUGUAUCCAGCUCGUGGCCUUCCAAGGACCCAGCCAAUGAAAUCGACGCGCGGCUGCCGAGGCAGCUCGCGUGA